CCACUUGGAGCCCAGAUCAGCUCUGACUUUUACUCAGAUUUCACAUUUACAGUCGGAGCUUGAGAGUGCAAAUAAUGAACUUGAAAGCUCACGUAAAUCAUUGAUGAUCCAAUCGACCAACUAUGAAAAGAAGAUUGAUGAUCUCAAGGCGGCACACGAGAAAGCUAUUAAGAAUCUCGAACUCGGGAAUGAAGAAAGACUCUCAGCAGCAAACGCAAGUUCUGCCAGCACUUUCAACUCUAAACUAAAUGAGCUGAGAGCUGCACUUGAUGCAUCGGAACAGGCAGUGCGAGAUUUGCGCGAGGAUGCUGCAAAGGAGAGUGAAAAGUUUCAUGAAGGCAUGGAGCGUCUCAAGACAGAGCAUGAUUCGGCCAUGAAUGAACUCAAAUCUUCCAACGAGGAUAACACUGUGACAUUGAAAGCGCAGCUGGAAUCUUCCGAGCAGAAGGUUACGGAGAUCAAUCGAAAAUUCCUCGAGCUGCAAGGUUCCCACAAAUCAGAGGUUGAAACUCUGCAGAGUCAAUUAAAAGAUUUCGAAAACAGCAAGACGUUGGACACCGAGCUCAUUGACAAGCUCAGGUCCCAGCACGAUAGCGAAAUGUCUGUGGUCCUCGCGAAGCUGGCGGAAGCUGAAAAGAGAGAAAACGAACAUAGACAGGAAAUCCAAAUCCUGGAAACUAAUCAUCAGAGAAGUCUGCAGGAUCGCGAUGAUGAAUUCCAGAAAUUACUCUCUGGAAAGAUUGAGGAGCUUCGAGCCGCUAAUCAUGCCGCCAUUAAGACUGAGAAAGAAGCGGCAGACAAAGAACUCGCUGAGAAGAUCGACCAAUUGGAAAGCUCUCAUCGUCUCACUCUCGAGCGUAUAGAAGAAGAUCAUCAGCAACAGAUCAAAUCGCUUACUGAGGGGACUCAGCAGAAUGCAGAUACGCCUCCGAGCACCAAAUCCGCUCGCCGAAGGCGAAAGCGGAGCAACAAAGCUAAAAAGGUCGCACUCGACACUCGGAACGGCGAGGGCCACGUAGAAGAAGUCAGUCGGCCUCGCAGCGAUAGCGUCCAGACGGAGUCAGCUGUUAGCACGACCUCCGAUCUGUCAAUGAGUGGAUCAACCUCAUCCAGCUCAACUCAAUCUUCGGAGGAAAGUUUACGGGAUCUUAAUGCGCGGUGUAUUCAGCAGGUCCUUGCACUGCGCGAGGAGAUCAAGGCAGCCAACUUGGCCCGGGAUGCCCUCAAAACCGAGAUGCUCGCACAGCAAGAACGGUCUCGUAUGCGAUUGAUUGAAGUUCAGGCAGAAUUAAAGGUGACCGCAGCUGAGCUCACCGAAAUGAAGACACGUAGGGUUAAAAGCCCGGUCGGUAAGUGGGCAGAUGGGGAGACUCUCCCGGGAGGAGGAGAGGAGAAUAGUCUCUCCAUUGAGGGAACUGUUAGGCUUCCCCCCUCUUGUUCCUCUUUUCCACUCGCGGAGCGACCGUAUUUAAGAACCCCAAGCUGACUUUCUCUUCUUAUAGAUGGCUGGUCUAAGUCUGC